CUCGUUUGUGCAAUUGAUCAACAUUGAAAACACGAGGUUUUUGGUCAACAACAACAGUAAAAAAGUCAUUUCAUUUCGAGUGGUCAAAAAGCUUUUAAAUGAGAGCUUGCUUUCUAACUUGUUUAACUGCUGUGAAACUGCAGCUGAAUGAUAAAUACCGAAGAUCAUACGGCCUUGUUUUCAUCUGGUGCGCUUUAAUUUUUUAUACACAACUCCUAGUGUGUGUGUGUGUAUGUGUGUGUGUGAGAGAGUGAGUGUGUGUGUGUGUGUGAGAGAGAGAGAGAGAGAGAGAUCAUUUAGAUUAGAUAGACCCCCUCCCCAGCCUCACUUGCACGCCGCGGGAGGGAUUUGCGUGUUUCCCACAAGAAAAGAAGUCUCAAAUGUCCCAUUGAAAAGGCGGCGGAGGUUCAGCAAAGGAAGGAAGGAAGGAAGGAGAAAGAGAAGAGAAGAGAGAAGGAGUGAAGGAGCGGGACAGCGGGUGAGACAAAAGAGGCUGCGGCUGCGCUGGGUGUCGGACUCGCGGCUUCUCCUCGGCGGCGGCACCGCGACUAGCGAGCUAUCGAGCUAGCGUCUUAUUUUCUGUUUCCUUUCUCCGACUUUGAGCACCAGAGCGCAUAUCAGGGUGGAGAGCAUCUGCAAACAAGAGCUUUCUCUCUCUCUCUCUCUCUCUCUCUCUCUCUCUCCUUUUAUUCGAAGGAAGAGUGGUGGAGAAGAGACUCGGGCGCAUCUUGGUUAGCGCCGCUGCUACACGCCGAUAACCAGAACAAAGAGAGUUGGAGUGAGGAAAUGAGCCCAGCUUUAGUCUAACACUGAAACGAUUCCAGAUGCACUUCUGAGCUCUGCGAUACCCUCGAACUCUCUCUCUUCUGCAACAAAAACACCGGAAGACCACCGCAAAACCACAACACACCAUGUUUCCACAGAACCGACCACCGGCACCUCUCCAGCCACCCCCAGGGGCCUCGGCUUCGGCAGCAGCUGCAGCAGCGGCGGCAGCGGCUGCAGCUUCAGGAACGGCUCAGUCCCUAAAACUCACUUACCCCGAAACGCUGGACCGGAUUAAGGAGGAGUUUCAGUUCCUUCAGACUCAAUAUCACAGCCUAAAGCUCGAGUGUGAGAAACUGGCCACAGAGAAGACGGAAAUUCAGAGACACUAUGUGAUGUACUAUGAAAUGUCCUAUGGCCUGAACAUUGAGAUGCAUAAACAGACGGAGAUUGCUAAGCGGUUGAAUGUGAUCUGUGCGCAGCUCAUCCCAUUUCUCUCACAGGAGCACCAGCAGCAGGUGGUCCAGGCCAUGGAACGCGCCAAACAGGUGACUAUGGGGGAGUUGAAUGCGUCGAUAGGGGUACGUGGACUCCCCCCUCUGCCUCCCACACAACAGCUGCAAGCUCAGCACCUUUCCCAGCAUGCCGCUCAGGCUCUGCCCAUGGCCCCUCACCCAUCAGGGCUGCCCCACCCGGGAUUGGCUCUGGGGGGCAGUUCGGGCCUGCUGGCUCUCUCAGGGGCACUUGGGGCGCAGCUGGCUGCCAAGGAUGAAAGAGCACAUCUGGAGGCUGUAGCAGCAGCGGUGGCUGCUGCUGAGCACCACCGAGACCGUGAGGCGGGACCAAGCUCUUUAUCAAAUGGAGACAAAGGCCGGCCAUCAGACUACCUUAGUAAUGGAAAGAAAAGGAAAUCAGAUGAGAAGGAAUUCACAGACUACGGUAGUGACGCUGACAAAAGUGAUGACAACUUGGUAGUGGAUGAGGACCCUUCGUCUCCGCGCAGCGUGCACUCAUACUCCUCCAGAGAGAAUGGUCUGGACAAGCUGCCCCCCUCCAGGAAGGAGCCUCUGCCUCAGGCCAGCCCCACCUCACUGACCUCCUCCUCCAGCAGCGCCUCGCCCUCUCGCAGCAAAGAUCCUCCCCCAAGGGAGAAGUCUAGCACCCCAGGGCUGAAACCAGGCACGCCUAUGUCUCAAGAUUCCUCCACCCCCGGCCCUAGCGGCCCACCCCAAUUCCGCAAAACAAGUGUGGACCCUCUGGCUCUGAGUGUGAGGAACCCACUGGCGGUACAGGGUGUGUAUCCUCCAGGUGCUUUCGGUCUGCCUCCUCCAGGUGUGAACGGCGAGCUUGCUGGGGCAGCUGCAGCAUAUGGCGCUGGACUCCACCUCGUCUCACCACAGAUGAACGGCUCUGCCGCUGUAGCUGCUGCUGCCGCCGCCGCUGCUGGAUAUGGACGCUCCCCUGUGGUGGGUUAUGAGUCUCCUCACCCGCACAUGAGGGUCCCUGGCCUACCUGCUAGCCUCCAGCCUGCAGCCUCAGGAAAGCCUGCGUACUCGUUCCAUGUGAGUGCAGAUGGACAGAUGCAGCCUGUACCCUUCCCUCCUGAUGCUCUCCUGGGCCCGGGCAUCCCUCGCCACGCCCGCCAGAUCCACACACUCAGCCAUGGAGAGGUGGUGUGUGCCGUCACCAUCAGCACCUCCACACGCCACGUCUACACUGGCGGCAAAGGCUGUGUCAAAGUGUGGGACAUCAGCCAGCCGGGCAGCAAGAGCCCCAUGGCCCAACUCGACUGUCUGAACAGGGACAACUACAUCCGCUCAUGCAAGCUCCUCCCAGAUGGGAGAACUUUGAUAGUUGGAGGUGAAGCCAGCACUCUGUCCAUCUGGGACUUGGCCACGCCCACUCCACGCAUCAAGGCGGAGUUGACCUCCUCGGCUCCGGCGUGCUACGCGCUGGCCAUCAGUCCAGACAACAAGGUCUGUUUCUCCUGCUGCAGCGACGGCAACAUCGUCGUGUGGGACCUUCACAACCAGACACUCGUCAGGCAGUUCCAGGGCCACACUGAUGGAGCCAGCUGCAUCGACAUCUCCAACGACGGGACCAAACUGUGGACUGGGGGACUCGACAACACGGUGCGCUGCUGGGACCUGAGAGAGGGCCGCCAGCUCCAGCAGCACGACUUCACCUCCCAGAUAUUCUCUCUGGGCUACUGUCCUACAGGAGAGUGGCUGGCAGUGGGCAUGGAGAGCAGUAAUGUGGAAGUAUUGCAUGUCUCCAAACCAGACAAGUACCAGCUGCACCUUCACGAGAGCUGUGUGCUGUCACUCAAGUUCGCCUACUGCGGCAAAUGGUUCGUAAGCACAGGUAAAGAUAAUCUGCUGAACGCCUGGCGAACUCCGUACGGCUCCAGCAUAUUCCAGUCGAAGGAGUCUUCAUCAGUCCUCAGCUGUGACAUCUCGCCUGACGACCAGUUCAUCGUGACCGGCUCAGGAGACAAGAAGGCCACUGUGUAUGAAGUCAUUUACUAAAGCAACUGCAGACUGGAUCCUGGAACAGCAGAAGUGCCAUGUAGCUGGAAGAGCGGAAAUCAAGAUCCGACUUUGACUUUGGAACAGAGUGGUGGACAUGGAAUUGGAGAAAGCGCCUACGCUUUUUUGUUUGAUGUCCGUUAGGGACAGGCAUUGAGGGAGGACUGUGGAGCUCCAGAACAGGACUGACCUUGUUGUUUUUUUAAUGCUGUGAGAAAGCUAGCUUCAGAGAUGUGGGAUUCCUCCAAAGACUUCUCUUUUGCUUUAUUGUUUUCCUUUUGUUCUUUUUUAACAAGAUGAAUUCUCAGUAGUGAAUGAAAUAGCAAAGAGAAUAUUUUUUUUAGCCUCUGGAAAAAAAAAAUUCCAUGUGGAAAUGGACAGUUGAGGAGCAGCAGUGCACUGAGCAAGUACAGGACGUUUUGAGAGGAGAGACUACGACAAUAUCUGUCAUUUCAUUUCAGCCAGUCCAUACUGAUGGCCUUGAGCAUCUCAAAAUGAUCUCAGAGUAAGCAGCAGUACGACUGUAUAAUGACACGGUGACAGAUUUGGGCUAACAAGGGUCAUGGUUUUACUUUUUUUUUUUUUUUUUUUGGUUGUUUUUUUUGUUUUUGUUUUUUACAACUUCAGGGAGAUGGUCCAUAUUAGCACGUUUCUUGUGUAUGCUGUAUGUCUGCUCACAAUGACCGGUAUUUUGGCUUUUGUUGGAUACUUGGUGUGUAUGAACUGUAAAUAAAGCUCCUUAAAAGCAAAACUCUUUAAAAAAAAAAAAAAAAAAAAAAAAUUGUGUCUGAAAUUUGUUACCAAAAAAACCUGGGAAUGUUUGGUACAUAAAUUGUAAAUAUAAAUUGUAUGUAAAAUUAAAGGUGCAUUAGGUGAGAUUAGUAAGAUUUACCUUCCAAAAUUAGGUCUCUAACAGUUAGGUUUGUUCAACAUUUGAAUGAUUCCUGUCCCUGUUCAUGCAGCUCCACCCCUGUAGAGUAGAGCAUCUGUAAAAUGACUGACAGGAGACACAUCCAAACAAACGUAUUCUGAACCAGAAGUCCAUUUUCCAAAUGGGUUUUCUCAGUGACUUAAUACACUUUUGCUAAGGCCAUGGCUUAAUACAUUGUUUAUCAUGUUCUACAUAUCUUUAAGAUUAUUUGUACGUAAGUAAGACUCUUUUUUUUUUUUUUUUAAAUCAACUAUUGCACCUAUUAAUGUUUUUUAUAUCAUUAUAAUGGCGAUACAAUAUAAUCGAUAUAAGCGAUUUUAGAACUAGCAGAACCCUUCGUAUGGUCAAAUUUGAACAUUUUCUACUUUAUAGUUCUGAAAACUACAAAUUUUUGUUUUUCACCUUUGCCGAUGUCUCAACUACAAGCAAAAUUAUAAAGUAUAGUUAACCCAGAAAUAGUACACAAAGAGACACAAUCACACACAUUGUGUAAAACAAGUAUUUACUGAUUUUAUUUGCAUUUAAAUUAAUAUGCAAUAAAGAAUUCCUUGGUAA